CACGAAAGUGCCCCCAUCACGUUGGUGUUUUCUUGAGUCGGCCAACUCCCAAGCCAUGCCAACGUCAUUCUGGCCUGGUGACGAGAAUUCCCACAAGUGUUCUCGCCGUUCGAAUUGAUGUGCGUGACCAGCCAUCAAUCGCAAAUAAACACGUCGUUGCAGCCGACGACGAGUGUACCUCAUAUGUCGCUGUGCGUCACAAAGGAAAGUUUCCACGCGUGGUAUUUUCCAUGCUGCCUCGUGCGUCGGUGUGCGCGAUUUGUUUCGAACCGUGUCGGCCGUCCAACUGGUUUGCCAAACUCGUGCGUGCGCUGGGCAGUGCAGGGGGGGAUGGAGACGCGUGGUCCCUCGGGGGCUGCCAACAUGUGUGUUGCUACAAGUGCAUUCGUCGUUGGGUGGAGGACGUCGCAGAGUCCCACCGGCUCGACUUGCUUGUGUGUCCCGUCGACAACUGCCACGAAAAGAUUGAGAGCGCCCAUGUCAAGUGCCUGGGGCUGUCGCAUGCCGCGCGGAUGUUUGUGGACCAAGUCGACCGGUGGCGGCACGGCACGGGGCUGAGUUGUUCGAAAUGCCGGUACAUCAACUCCGUUAAGUCAUCGUUGGCGAAGCUCAAGUGCGCGUUGUGCAAGACGGAGUUGUGCUCUACAUGUGCCAGCGUGUGGCAUCCGUUGAUAACAUGUGAAGCCUUCCACGCGGCGCAACAGACUCAAAGCGAGCUGACUGACGACGACGUUUUGUUUGUCCACUUGGCCAGAGUCAAGUGGCAUUACCAGUCGUGCCCGCAUUGCGGUGUCUUUACGGAGCGCCGAUCGGGGUGUGCGGCCAUGACAUGUAGCUUGUGCUUGAAGCGAUGGAAUUGGGGGAGCGGGUGAUGUCUGCAGCGAUGGCAAGUUUGGAUUGAAGAGCACGGGAUGGAUGACAACACGCUAAAGUGGCGAAGUAUGUACUACUUCAUACUGCAAAGUGUAAUGAGCUCAUAGAGCGCAGGUCGACUUGGCUAGUCGUUCUUUACGCCGCCUUGCGUCGACGCGGUGCUGGUUCACAACAUUGCGGUGGCGAUGCAAGUCGCAAAGUGUGUGGAGUUGGCCGUUGGUCUUGACAGCACGCCGUAGAUUGCAUUUGCCAUUGCGAUAGCGGCACUGGUAUGGAGGGAGUUGGGUCGUGGGGGAAAUGGUCGGACUCGGGCUACGACAUCGUGGUCCUCCCGCCAGAGUGUCGUUUGUAGGGUAGAGCUGCGGUGUCAUACGCGACAGAAGGAGGCGCGACAUAUGAAGGCGGACUUCGAGCGGGCGCUUUCUCGAAGUGUGCAUGCGAUGCGGUAAGGCCGACGAAGGAGCAGAAGUCGUUGCCGUGACGUCGUCGUGUUGUGGGUUCAGGAGGUCGCGGAUAGCCAUUGGUGAAGUCGAGCCACUGCACAACGUCGACGCGAACUGUAACUUCGAGUUGUGUUCAUGACUGGAAGGAAACAUUGCGGGAGAUGCCAGCAGAAUCAUUGCUGUGGUCGAU